GUAAUGAGGCUGAAAGAUGGCGGACCAUAGUGUCAGUAAAAUUAAUCGUUAGCAAUUAUCAGCUCCCAUUAUCAGUUGUGGUAUUGGAAAAGAGACAUGCAUGUACAUUCUGAUAGGCGCUGCAUCGAUUGCAUCUGAUUAGAACAACCACCCCAAAUACGAUAAGGAUGGCACAGCGGAUAAUUGCGCUCAUCUUAUGUUAUGUUUUUAUCUUAUUUGGUGAGUACAAGUGAAAUUUAAGUCUUUAAACUUUAAAGGCAAGAGCGAGUACAGUUCAUUAAGUCAGCUUACUCACAUUCAAACUCAAAGUCAGUCACUCAUUAUAAAUGUUAGAGCAGUUCUUUCAAAGUAUAGAGUUACAGAGGCUAUGAAUUGUAUUUAACUAAACAUUUGCUGAUUAAUAUUAAAAUUUAAAACUGGGUACAGACCGUUAAUUUUAAUUAAUUAAUUGACUGAUACUGAUGUGGUUAGUGUUGGCCUUGGUGGUAAUCCCGUAUUCCGUAUGCCUUAUUUUAGGGCAAUUUAUUAUUUCUACAGAAAUAAAAUACAAAAAUAAUUUUACCUCAAGGAACUUCAUUAAAACACAGUAAAAGUGCAGUUCAGGUGUGUAUAGGCCUGGUGUCUGUAUGUCAAGUAUGAGUGUUCCCACCAUAGGCUAUUAUUUCUUAAGGCAUUUUUGACAUUUCAUAUUAAUGAUAUUUUUUCAUGUAAACUUAUUUGUAUUCUUUAUUUAUUAAAUAAAGGCAGUUAUAGUUAACUAAUACUGAAUUACACAGAGCUUUUUUUUAUUUUUAUUUGAUUUCUAAAGCGUCUUUAAACAUCCUCCAACCAAAGUCUAAUACUGAAUUAUACAGCGCUUUUUUAUUUUUAUGUGAUUUCUAAAGCGUCUUUAAACAUCCUCCAACCAAAGUUACACAGCCCCAUAUGUUUUGUAUUUUUUGUUCACCUUCUGACCAGAUUUUGAAAAUCACCUAUAAGUUAAUAUGCUAAAAGAAAUUUUCAAACUGUUCACAAAAAAAAAAUGAAAUACUGGAUUUUUCAUUACACAUGAUUGCCCCCCCCCCCCCCCCCCCNUGAAGGCUGGGAGGGGGGGGGUAGAUAAGCAGAGGAUUACCGGACUAAGGCAGUGGACACACGUCACCUUUGUCCUGGAGUUGAGCUGAAAAGGGGUUUGGGGGGGGGGGCGGUUCCACGAAUUUGUGCCAAUGUGUGGUCACAUGUCCACUUUAAAAAAAAAAUAUUUGUGAUGUUGCAGAAAUGGGGGAAAUCGGAUGAUAGCAUGGGUUCAUUUAUUGAUAGUCAUCUCAUACUGAUUCCUGCAAAUACGUUGUCCGUGAUUGGUCAGUUCUAAUAUGAGCUCCCCUUUUUCCGUAUGCAAAUGUGCUUAUGUUGACGGAUUUGCACUGAGUAAAAUGAGGGUGAGGGCUAUUGAUUUUAUAUAAUAAUAUGGACUCGUUUUGCGGUAUUGCUGGUGGUGGGAUCACUUUGUUCAAAAUGUCAGGACGACCAAGAAGCAAUAAUUCAAAUUGUUGAUCCAACGGAAAUUUUAAAUGAUGCAGCAUUAGAUUUAUACGGGCACUUUGUGAGGCAACAAAUAACGUUAAUACAACUAUGGAAUUUCUCGCAAGGCGCUCCCCUUAGAAGGACGAAAUGGAAUGUGGCUUGUAAACUGGCUCUGUAUGUCAAGUAUGAGUGUUCCCUUUAACUCUAGUUAUAUUUGAUAGUAAAGUUAUAAAAUAAAUACAAGAUACAUCCAAAUUGGGCAACUUUUAUAACGUAUCUUUAAAGACAGAAGAGUUAUCCUUGAUUUACCACAUUGGCUCCAUAUAAGACAAAAGAUCCAUAAUAGUGUACUUUUUUAAUCUCAUAAAAUUUGUUAAAAUAUUGUAUUUCAACAAAAAGAUGGCAUUUUACUUUAAAAAACACUUUUAUAAAAAAUUCACAUAAUUUUACAUGCGAAAAUAUGAAAUUCGACCAGAAAUAAUAUACACACCUGAACUGCACUUUUAUCUAAAACACUUCAGUGGCUACUAUAACAUGUAUUUAUUGUUUUCCAAUGAGUUUAUCUGUAUUUUCGGUGGUUUUAAAGUGAAAUUUUAAAUAAAACAAGUAUUGACAAAGUCAGUUAAUCACUGAGGUUGUUUUGGUCUAUAGCCGAUGUGUGGGCAGAUUUUUUGCCAGUCUCAGAUCAAAAACAAUAAACAUACGGUUAAAAUAAAUUAAAAGUAAUAGAUAAUUAAUUAAGAUUCAGAGGCGUUUGCUUACAGUGGUGACAUACAAUAAGUAAAUGUAUUAACUUAUGGUUUAAUCUCACCCCUCCCCCACCACCACCCACUACUCAUACUCAAAUACAUUUUUGUAUUAAGAACAAGGUAGAUACUGCGAUAAAGCAAGGGAGACUACUUCAAAAUUGGAAAUGGGCGUCGCCGCAGUAAAAUCCGACUUUUUAAUGUGUCAAUUCAUUAAUAAAUUCGUCCUUUUGACAUACAAUUGUGUUCUGCUUCCGCCUUUUCACUUUGGAAGACAUCUUGGCCUACAUUUCCAUCCAGCUAUUUUGUUUUUUCAAUUGGCUUUUAUUUUGAAAAUCUUUGGUAUAUAUAAGGUAUCUUCGCAUACAAAAUUUUUGGUGAAAUAAUAAGUUAAGAUCCUUUUUUUAAUUAAAUCUGAAGAAGCAUUAGAUAUUGAUCUAUAUCUGUGCCAAUUCUCAUUGACUUAGGUCGUGUCGGACGUUUGUAACCCUUGUCCCCGUGACCCAUAUCACCACAAGGUCGCUCAGCCUAAUUUCGACAUGGCGUGGGCCACGCCCACUUUUUAAUGGCGGAAGUUGCCGAUACUUAGGAAAUAUUUAAUUAUUACCACUAUAUACAUCAAAAUAUUUGAUAACUUGUGUUUCAGAAUGCAUUUUGAAGACAUUUAAGGUGUAAUGUUUUAAUUUGAACUUUAAAAACCCUGUAGAGUCCAUAUUAUAAAUGAUCGGAAUUUUCCGUGUGCAUCACGUUGUCAUAGGCAACCAUUCAAAGCCACUUGCAUAAUGGCUAUAUCGUAUUACUAUCUCAGAGUUUUAUUCAUAAGAGUUUGCCGUGUGCAAAAACUAUUAAACCAUUGGUCAGGGAAAGCUUUAAUUAAUUAUUAAUGUGCCAAAGUUGAAAGUUUAAAAUAAGUCGACCUUAAACAGUAUUUUAAUGAUAAGGGGAUGCAUUGCCUUAUAUAAACUAUGUAGUCAUUGCGCAUUACGCGAUCAGCGGAAUGAGGUCACAAGAUGUGGAGGUUUCGUCCAUAGUAAAAAAUACCAAACGAACUCACACUUUAAAAAUUCGUAGCUAAAAAAAGCACUUAAGCUAAAAAGUUGAUUCUGGUUUCAUUUUUUUAUUUGAAAUUGGCUCUAAAUAACUGUAAUAUCAAAAAUUAUUAUUUUGAAUUAUUGAAUUUUUUUCACUAAAGUACCUAAACAAGUUAAGUUUUGAUUUUUUUAACUUAAUUAAAGUUUAUAAAAAUAUAUAAUAUAUAUCCAGUGCAUCUUCUCUUUUCUAAUGAAUGGAUUUCCAACAUUGUAUAUUAAUCAACAAUAUUUUGGUUUUAAUAUACUGAGACUGAUUGCAUUGCCUCCCUCCCACUCGGCGUGUUGGGAAUGUACGGAUGGUCUCUUGAAAGGGGGGGGGGGGUUAGAAACCCCUUUUCAUUUGUUUUUUCAAUGUGGUGGGGGGGGGUAAAAAAAAAAAAAAAGGUGGGGGGGGGGGGGGUGCCCAAAUGACAUCCCUUGUAGGAUUAGAAAUUUAUUUCCGACCAAUGCAGAGAGCAUUUCCCACCACUGAUAAGUGAACGUAUAGAGCACAGGUGCACGUGAGCAAAUAGCCAAUUUAACCUACAGAUAAAUUUGUUUAACCACUUCGCUUCCGAUGACUGCGACGCGACGUCACGAUCACCCACUUUCAAUUACCGGUACCAAGGACGUCACAUUGUCGUCAUAACAAAGAAGCAAAGAACUUUUCUGAAAUACCAAGGAUGUUACGUUGACAUCAUGUUUCAAUACUAUCUAUUUCUUUAUUAGUUAAUCUAUAGAAAAGUUAAAAAGCAAAUCCGAUAGAGGUUGAAAAUAAUCGAAAAUUUCUACCAAAGUUUUUUUAUUGCUGAGUUAGCAAAAAUCGAUGCCCAAAAACCAGCGGUAAUGAAAGGGUCAGGGCCAAGUGCCAUGGCGAAUUUCAAAAUCACGUCGUCCUGUUUUGGGGGUACACACACAGUUGGCACUGUGCAUACCGGUUACUGGAGAACAUCUUUUAACUCAUCAUACGUUUAAAUACUUUUUCCAGCAUGAGAAAUAGGGCACCAACCUUGACCCCCGAAUAAUAAUAAUAAUAGUAAAGCUCAUUUCAAAAACACGCUUCAUCGCUAAUUAAGGCUCAAAGAGCUGUACAAAGUCAACCAUAUAUGACAAUUUAUAUGUUUUCCACAAAUAAAAUAAAAAAUGCAACAAUACAAAUCUACAUUGAGUUAUAUGAACAAGUUGGAAACAAGGCGGUAGACUACAUCACCCCAGCAGGUGAGUGCGAAAAAAAUGUGUUUUCAACUUACUUUUGAAAGACGGCAGUGUCUGGCUGUUUCUGAGAGCAACAGGAAGGGCAUUCCAGAUUCUUGGGCAAGCGAAAGUGUGCCUUCUGUAGGUCUCAAGGCGUACUCGCGGUAUCCAGAGUUUGCCACUAUUGGAUGAACAGAGUGAUUUUGUGGGUACUUAAGGCGUCAUGAGCGCUUUGAGAUAGGAUGACGCCAGGUCAUACAAGUAGCGGUAGCACAGAGUUGCAAUUUUUUACUCCAUGCGAGCGCGGGCCGGCAGCCAAUGCAGAUCUCUUAGAAGUGUUUUAGCAUGGUGAAAUUUACGUUUGAGCAGAACAAUCAGACCCGCAUUAUUCUGUGCUUUUUGAAGUUUAUCUAGGACCGUAGCCGGAAGACCCACCAUGAGAGCAUUGCAGUAGUCCAUGCGCGAUAACACGAAUGCGGACAUCAGCCUCUUUGAUUCCUAAAACGUUAAGAAAGGUCAGGUAUGACUAAUUCUGCGCAGCUCUAGAAAAAUCGCCUUGCAAAGCAUGUUAAUGUGAUUUUCCUUAGUUAGUGUUCUAUCUAAGUAGACACCCAGGUUUCGCACUGUUUGAGCAAACUCAAUCUGCACACCUGAGAGAGUAAGGGAUAGUGUGUUAUUUACAGAUUUUUGCAUCUGAGCGGUAGCAAUGGGGAUUAGCUCGGUCUUUUCAUUAUUCAAUUUGAGCUUGUUUAUGGUCAUCCAGUGCUUAACUGACUCCACUGUCUUCUGUGUCAUACUAAGAAGCUGAGGGAACUGAGAGGGGAUCACGGACUGGUGAAGUUGGGUAUCAUCCACGAACAUAUGAUAUAGCAUGUCACACUGCUUGAUCACUGCACCCAGGGGCUGAACGUACAUAGUGAAAAGCACCAGGCCUAGGACCGAGCCCUGGGGUACUCCAAACUCGAUAAUAGAUUGCUUCGAGGUCAAGCCGUUUGCGAUAACUGAUUGGACCCGAUACGAGCUGAUUCAUCUCAGGACAGCAUCUGUGAAAUCAAGCAUUAUUUUGCAGAUUUUGGAGAAGUAUGCCUUGGUCAAGCGUAUUGAACACUGCCAAUAAAUCAAGUAACAGCAAAAGGGAUACCUGGCCCUCAUCAAAUGACGACAGAUGAGCUUGCAACAGGGCUGUCUCAGGAGAGUGACAAGAUGCCUAACACAGAUGUCUUGGAACGCGCAAAAAUGUUUAGCACAUUCUCCACUCUUAGCAAGAGGCGCUUUCGCUGGUUAGGCAAUGUAAGGAGAAUGGAGGAAGGCCAUAUCCCAAAGAUGCUGCUAUAUGGAGAGUUGGCAGAAGGGACAGACUUAUUGGAUGGCCAGGCCUGAGAUUUAUGGAUGUUUGCAAAAGGAGCAUAAAGGAAGCCAACAUUGAAAACAACGAAUGGAGAUCAUUGCCAAAAAACGUUCCAGCUGGCAAACAGCAGAGUAUGAAGGAGUCAAAAAGGCGAAACAAAGCCCUUACAACAAAAAUAACAAUAAAGAAGGCCAAAUCUAACCAUGAAUCAAUAUUCUCCUGGGAGAAAUGCAGUCGAGAUUGCCAUUCCAGGAUUGGCCUAGUGAGCCACUCGUUGAAGUGUACAUAGCUACUCCAUUGUCUCAAAAAGACGGAAUGAUGCCAUAUACAUAUAAUUUUCCAACACAUUUGGGUCACUAUUUUCUUUUUUUAGCAGUGGAGUUACAACCGCCACUUUUAAAAAGGAUAGAACAAUACCAGUUUUCAAAGACUGAUUUAUGAUACUAGCUAUUAUAGUGACUAUUUCAUCCAACAGCCCAGCCGGAAGAGGGUCGAGCAAACAUCACUUUCUUGGGGUGUCAAUCAGUAUUUUUUUCACAUCCGAUUCAGUGACCUCCACAAAUUCAUUCAUAGGAGAGCCGUUAUUCGGGAGCAUCGGUGCAAAUGUCAAGUGCCGCCCUGAUCUUCAUACUUUCAAAAUAAAGAACUUUCAAAAAGAACUCAUUUAGAGCAUCUGGUAGCUGGCCUACAGCAAUGUUAUAGGGCAACAAUGUGUCCUUCUGUUUACCGGUCAGCUGACCCACAAUAUGAAAUAAGUCCCUACUUGAGCUGCAAUCUACAAUCUGGUGACUGACAUGUUCAGUCCUAGCUGCAAGGACCAACUUUUAAGUGCAUUCCUUGUGAUCAACAAAGAUUCGUCGGUGCACAGUCAUUGGCGUUCUGCACGUCGCUGCUUCUGCUUUGCAACCUUUAUUUCAGGCGUGAGCCAUGGGGCAGAAGAGUUGCAUGUUUUUCUAAGAGGACUAAACUGUUGUUGUCUGUCGCAGGGUCUUCUUCACUGCACCUGAGGGCGGCGACAUCAUGUAUGAAGGCUGCUAGAUCUUUCUUUAGGAGAUGAUGGGAUGUGACAAAGCUCCCUGGCUUCCUCAAGUCAAAGUUAAAGUUUACUGGGAAAUGAUGAGAGAUCAGUUUGUCCUCAAUAAUGAAGUUGCGAAUCAUAGCUGCACAGUCCUCUCUGACGAUAAGCAAAGUCCCGUUAGUGACCGCCCGAAAAUUCGGUAAAGUCCCAACUCGUUCGAAUUUGUGUCAGCCUGCCAUUGGGGGCACUCCAGUGCUGCCCAUAGUCAACGGAGUCGACUCCUAAGCAUGCCGAACCGGUUUCCAUCUCAUAGGGUGGGUCUGUCUCAUAGGGUGGGUCUAAAAUGCAAAAAAAAAAAAUUAUUAUUUUUCGGUGGGCUCCUUAGUUGUUGGUGAGUUCAGUUGUCUAUACAGGUAUUCACUUUCUGCGUAAUAACUUGUCCGUUGGUUCACUUGUCCUGUGUUCGAAUGUCUUAUGGUGAGUUGUCGUGGUUCCUUUUUCCGGAUACACACCAUCAAGGUUAUUCAGCGUUAACGAUCAGAUAUCUGCCAAAACCAUAAACCGAUACAAGCUGAAGUCCACGUCUUCCUAAACAGAAACAUGGCAAGGCCGUGGCGUGGAGACCACAUUGCUGCCGCUAUGCCUUGCUCUUAUCCAUUACGUAAAGUAUUAAAGAAUGAAUUCGGGGAAACAGCGCCCGGUCAAAUGAUGGUUUUGCUUUAUUAGUAAUCUGUUCUGGUGUUCACUUCGCUAUUGCCAUUUAUUUAUUUCCCCACUUUUCACCCUUUAUAAAUCAAUAUCUAUGAAUUUACUACAAAAUCGUCACAAAUAAAAAAAGAGGACCAUUUUAUUUUAAAAUUUAACAUUUUCCCACAUAACCCCACCACACACACUAAAAUCGAGGCGCGUGAAGUCUGUAAUAAUGGAUGCAGGACAAGGCAUAAGAAAAGUGACGCCCUGGGCGAAGACUGCAACUACAGCCCCUAGUGUAUAGAAAAUGCACCCAUUGAUGUUGACGCCCAAUGAUAUUGACGCCUGUAUCAUUGGGCCCUUUACAUGGCCCUGCAUGGAUGGCCCUACAGAUAUCCAAGAUGUCUAGAGCAUGAUAUACUUAAAUAUUUAAACUUGUCUAAACCCACCACUGGUUUAGAAAGAAAUAUCGGACGCCUAGACAUUAUAAAUAAAGUAAUAAAAUAAAUACAACUUUUUAUUUUAAUCUAGAUAAAUCCAAUAGGGCAACUUUUAUAACGUAUCUUUGAAGAAAGAAGAGUUCUACUUGAUUUACCACAAUGGCACCGUGUAAGACAAAAGAUUCAUGAAAAUGUACUUUAUUUGAUCUCGUAGAAUUUGUUAAAUUGUUGUUGUAUUCCAACAAAAAGAUGGUAUUUUACUUUUAAAAAUACUUUUAAUGAAAUUCCUUGAGGUAAAAAUGAAUUUUUAAAUGUAUUUUCAAGAAAUAAUAAUUUGCGUUUAAAUAAGGGAUUACCGUUAGUGUUUUAAAAAUGGAAGUGGCAAUUCCGAUCCGGGUAUCAGAGGUGAGAGGUUGGGAUUAAAAUAUAUUUAAAAAUAUUAUUGUUGGGUUUGUAAGACAAAUUUUGAUAUCAAAUGAAAGAUAAUUGAAUGGACUAUAUGUUUGUAAACUUACUUCUUCAAUUUAACUAAAAUAAACUACCACAAAUGACAUCUGAAUAGUAUUUAGUCUAAAGUGAAUAGUCCGAAUAGCUGCUAUCUAUAGACUAAAUGUCUAAAUAAUAUUUUUUAAUAAACCCAUCCUCUCACUUCUGAAUCCCAGAUCCGAAUAGCCGCAGCCAUAAAAAUAUGGCCAAUUCAGACUAUUCGCGCCAUGAUGUCAUUUACGUUUUUAUUUAAGAUUUUGUUGGAUUCACUCCCCUUUGUUUAUUUUGGAGAAUUAUUUUCUAUCUAUUAGUUUUAAUAUGCUGAAGGAAUGUAUUAAAAUAUUGUUGUUUUUGUUGUUGUUUUUUUUUCAUAUAGAUCUAAAUGGCAAUUUAAAAAUUCAUUAUUUUUUUUUAUAAACAUAAAAGUUUUAAUUUAUUUGUUGCAAAAUGUACAUUUAUUCAUUGGCAAUGGAAGAAGUGGCGUCGAAGGCAUAUUUAAAAAUUCAUGUGUUGCAACAAAAGUUCAUGUGCAUAAUUAAUGGAUAUUAAAGUAAGAUAAAAGUUAAAUUUUAUAAUAAUAAAUUGUCAUUUUGCUUCUAUAAAAGUGUCAUUUUAAGCAUUUGAAAAUAAAAAAAAUCAUGGCAAUGUUAAUGAAAAAUAGAGACAUUAUUUUUUUGUAUGGGGUACAGGCUUUAACAUUAUGAGGUUAUAGAAAAGGAGUGAUGAAAAUAACAUUAUGUCAUUUUAUAGUGUGCUGCUCCGGUUCCCAUAGAAUUUGGAAAAUGGGUUUUAUAUUGUAUUACCACAGUGUGUAACCAGCCGCACACGUCUUUUAGUUGAGGGUUAGGUUUAGGCAUACAGACCUGUUUACCCUCAAACUCUUAAAAUCGUACAAUAUCAUCACAAAAUCGUUCAAUACACUAUCUUAAUAGUAAAACAAUAAACAUGUAUACACCUCAAAAUCGUACAUUGUACGCCAAAAUCGUAAGAGUAAACGGGUCUGGGCAUAUAUUUAGGGAUAUAUUUAGGGUUUGGUUUAGGGAUAGAUUUAGGGUUUUGGUAAGGGUUAGGGUUAGGUUUAGGGGUAAAUUGGUCCAAAUAUAUUCACCACAAUUAUCUAUCGGCUGAUUUGAUUCCAUUAAAUUUGUAUGUUUGUUUUUUUCUAAUUUUUAACUCUUUUAUUUGUAAUUUGUUGAAUUUUUCGCUUCGUCCAAAAAAUGUUCAAAUUUUCUUUUAUUUUACAUUUUUAUGAAUCAUACUUUUAAAAAAAUACUAAUCGUUUGAUUUUUUUCCCCCAUAAAUAAAAAAUUUUCUCCUAAAAUUUCUUAUUUCCCUUUCUUUCGGUUAGUUGUUGAAAUAACAAGAUUUCUUCCUAUCAUCUCCCCUUUUUAGCAGAAUUGGGUUUGUACUUUUUUUUUUUUUAACACGGCCGCCAUCUUGGUUGCCAUUUGACCUUGCACUGGUCAUGGUAACCAAGAUGGUGGCCAUGGGGGGAAAAAACAUGGCGCUUAUAGUCUGAAUUUACCAAAAAUAUAGUUAUUGUUUAUAGUACUAUUCUAAAAUAUGCACUCAAUAAGUCACUCUAUAGGGCCCUAGGCCAAUUGUGCCUGUAUUUUUAUAGUAGGUACCCAGACCUAUCCUGUAUAGUGCUUAAAAUUAAUCUCCCCCUUGAACUUACCUAGCCAAGCCUAUGCCUAUUUAUAUAUUAUAUACCCCCGGUAUCUAAAAGUCAUUUAAUUAAUUGACUAUGGCAUUGAUGACACUGACAAAUUAUAAUCUCCAACUCACACAUACUUGGGUGUCACUCUCUUUAUGUCUGCGCUUGUCCUUGUGUCGUAAAGUUUCCAAGUCUUAUUUACUAGAACCAAAUUUUAAGUGUAGCAUAACUGUUAAAAGUAUCUCUAGUACUUUUAAUGGAGCAAGAAAAUGUCUAAUUAUUGUAUUUGUGACUAAAAUUUAUUAUUUUGUUUGUUAAAGUACCUUAAAGCUAGCCCUAUGCCUAUAUAAUAUAAUAAUAUUAUAAGUAUAUAUGUAUAUGGCAUCAUUCCGUCUUUGCGAGACAAUGGAGUAGCUAUGUACACUUCAACGAGUGGCUCACUAGGCCAAUCCUGGAAUGGCAAUCUCAACUGCAUUUCUCGCAGGAGAAUAUUGAUUCAUGGUUAGAUUUGGCCUUCCAUAUUGUUAUUUUUGUUGUAAGGGCUUUGUUUCGCCUUUUUGACUCCUUCAUACUCUGCUGUUUGCCAGCUGGAACGUUUUUUGGCAAUGAUCUCCAUUCGUUGUUUUCAAUGUUGGCUUCCUUUAUGCUCCUUUUGCAAACAUCCAUAAAUCUCAGGCCUGGCCAUCCAAUAAGUCUGUCCCUUCUGCCAACUCUCCAUAUAGCAGCAUCUUUGGGAUAUGGCCUUCCUCCAUUCUCCUUACAUUGCCUAACCAGCGAAAGCGCCUCUUGCUAAGAGUGGAGAAUGUGCUAAACAUUUUUGCGCGUUCCAAGACCUCUGUGUUAGGUAUCUUGUCCUGUCAUCGAAUGCAUAAAAUGUGACCAGAUAUCUUUGAUGCAAGCUGUUGAGUGUUCGCUCAUGAUUGGUAUAUAUGGUCCACACGUCACUGCCCUAUAGGAGCGUACUAAGCACACAUGCCUGUUAGACCCUUAGUUUUGUUUUAGCAGUUAGAUUGCGAUUAUUAUACACUAUGUAUAAUGUUUUUAUUGGCAGAAGUGUUUAGUUGAACUCAUACUGUGUACAUGUUCAAUUUUUGGUACAGCUAGUCGGCUCUCUUGAAGGCAGGCAAUGUCAAUGUUUAGCCUGGCGAGUUCCUUGUCAAUUACGGCAGUCUUCCUUGCGAUGUCAAUCUGUUGAAGGUCGGUUUAAAAUCCAGGACACAUGGUUCUUACAUUCCAUUUUGCGAAACGAAGUGGUUGAGUCUUCCUUUUAUUUUCUUUCUUUGCCUUACAAAAAAACUCUGCUCCUUGUGAAGUGAUGUCACCAGUGCAGCUACUUAGCCUGGGCGAUGUUUUAUGGAGUCCAGCUGUUGCCCAGUGCAGCAGAUCCCUGCUCUCCACGCAGCCAGUGGACUUUGGGACUAUAUCUCCAGAUUUUACAGUUUGGUUUUACUCCCGUAUUCUUUCCCUAGCUUCCCGCAUUGAUUUGGUAUAUUUAUAUCACUUUCCUGUUUUUUUUAACAAUUUCGUACAUUUGCGUGUAAGCUAUCUUUUUGCUAACCAGAAGCUCAUUAUAAGUAUAAGGUAAAAAAUUAAGUAAAUACUAAGACUAAGUGAACUAAUCAUAAGGCAAUGUCAUUGUUUCAGAGGUAGAAAAAUUUCUAUUCACUGUUCACGUAUACUGUAGUCAUAGUUUAUUACAAAACAAAGAUUCAUGAAUAAGAGAAAUAGGUAUGCACUGUAAUAUAUGUAGGACCAUGAUAAAUAGGUAAUGUUUAAAAACAGAUUAGCCUCAAAAGAACUUGUUUUUAAAACAAUGUUUUAGAAUAAUUAUAAAUUCUCAAAUGAUAAAUUGUUUAGCUGAGUAAGCCAGUUUUCAAUGUGUUAUGUAGCACAAUUUCCUGUGCGUGAAUUUUCCUCGACCUCGUAGUACACUCCUAGCAGACAGUAAUGUCUGUUGUGGGCGUGGUUUAAUCUCUUUGAUGUAUCUUGUUUACAAUCGGCUUCCAAUUACGCAUUGGGUAGAAUGUCUCCUGGUAUCUUCUCGAAUGUACUCCAAGAUAUGUAAACAACACGUCAUAGGUCCUUCUGGAAGCGUCUUACGCUACAUGUAUAUAAAGGAUUUACAGAUACGAAGGGACAGAGAUUCAGAUAGAUUUUAUUAACUUUACGAGGCGUGUUUUAUUCUUUGUGUAUUUGUGUGCUCAUAUGUGUUUAUUUCGCAUUAUUUAUUGGCACAUUAUUCUAACUGUGUUAACUGUGUACCGGUACAAGAUCUACCAUACUGUAAGUUGAAGAUUGUAAUUAUAUUUUCUUUUCUUUUGUAAUUAUCUUAAGACAUAAUAAAUCUUAUUAAUUGUAACUAGAAACUGUUUUGGGUCAUAUCUUUAAUAUUGUUGAUUCAAUGGUAUCGUCCUUUGUUAGGCACUGUUUGCAACGAGCCAAUUAAAAUUAAAAUAGGAGAUUACUCUCUCCCAAUACAAGUCAGUGCGUAACAAAUGUUUAAAUUAUUUCCAUUUAAUGAUAUAUCAGUAAUCAAUAACUUUGUAAAUAAAUGUUAAUUUACAAAAUAGCUGUACGGGAAUAAUAAAAACAUAAUAUUGUAAUUUAAAAAAUAUAUAAAUGCACUAAAAAUUUAUGCUAGUUAAUAACUCACUGUUACGAUGGUUAUUGAAAGCAGUGGCGUAGCUAGGGGGUGCGGACCGCACCGGGUGUCACCCUCUCACUGGGUGACACCCAAUUGAAAAAUUGCAUAUUUACAGAGCACAAACUGCUCGGUCCAACUGAUUUUCAUAAAAGGAUAACCGAUCACACAGAAAUUUUCCACACAGUAACCAAUCUUAAUGUGUGCUUUAUUAAAAGUUAUAUGUUGAUGCGUCAGAAAUGAGGCGACCCUAUAAUUAGGUCAGAAAAACGACGUUUAAAAAUGACUUUACCGAUUUAUAAGGUUAAUCAGUGACGUAGCUAGGGUGGUGCGGGGGUGCGGACCACAAUGGGUGACUCCAUCCCAUGAGGUGACACCAAAUUGAAAAAUUGCAUAUUUACAGAGCACACACCGCUCGGUCUAACGGAAUUUCAUAAAAGGAUAACUAAUGACUCGUAAAUUUUCCACACGUGUAACUAAUCCCAAUGAUGCGUCAGAAACACCCUUUUAACAAUUAUUCAACGCCGAUUGAAUUGUUCGGUAACUUUCAUAAAGGACAGGAAGCAAUAUUUAUCUAAAUUCUGAGAAAUAAAGCUUUCCACUGAAACCAAAUAUGCUAUGGUCGAACGAUUCUAAGCUAAUGAAGAGAAUUUGUAAAAAUUAAUAACAUUAAAAAUGAAUUUUUACCCAUUUUUAGGGUCAACUAAAUAAUAUUUUACAAAAUUUUCUAAUAACUUUUAAUAAUUUAUUUAAAUUUGUUUAAAUUUUUAAAAGAUGUUUUUGAAAGCAAAUCUAUUGAAACACAGAAAUACUCAAAAAUAAAUGUUUUCGCUGAUUUGUCACUAGCACCACUUCUUAACAUUAGACCACUGUUGUCUUUUACACACUGUCUGUGAUUUUACGUUUAUCUGCUACCUUUACCUAUGGGAUGAUCUACUUGAAGAAGUUAAUCUCACACAGAAGUAUCUGCAGACUGAAGGCUUUAAUCUGGACAAAAUGAUGACCAACCUAGAGGCCUUAAGAUUUUUUCUGCACGAGAAGCGCUUUCAGUUUGUGGAACAUGAAAAGUGUACCAGUACUUUUAAAAUCAGACCUAUAUGACAUUUCGGUAGAGAGAACACAAAGGUUAAAGAAGAGAAUGAAAGGAGAAAAAUUAAUAGAUGCUGGACUCUCUAUGCGAGAUGGAAAGAGAAGAGAAUGCGUGUGGGCAUUGCUCGCUUUCAUUCUGAACUCAGAUCAGUGAUAUGUUUGGGGCUGUUCAACUCAAAGAGUCUACUAUCAACAAGUGAAGUAGAGUUCUGAUUGUGAUAGACUAUGUUGCUGCAACCAAAUACUGGCAUAUAUGCAACGGUUGUUUUUGGUGUCCGUUCCAAAAUUAACCUCUUUCUAUGAUGAGUUAUCAGAAUAUGAACUUCUAAACGAAAUACUAGGCUUAGAAGACACUAAAGGCAGCUGAUAUCAAAUUCCAAAAUAAACUUAAUGUAAAAAUAACUUAAUGUUUUGACUUCUUCUUCUACAUUUUGAGGGCCUUUGAUCAAUCUAUUGAUCAUUCUGGCUCCUAUAAAUUUUUUAAUACAAUUCUUAAAUACAUUUAUCUCCUGACCUUUAAUUAAUUUGCUUUUCGUCCUUGUCAUUGUUAUACUGUGGACUUAUUUCAACUAUAACAAAUCCAGCUUUGAAGUUGAUUUAUCUCCUUACCUUUAAUUAAUUUUCUUUUCGUCCUUGUCAUUGUUAUACUGUGGACUUAUUUCAACUAUAACAAAUCCAGCUUUGAAGUUGGGGGGGGGGGUAGACACCGACCCUAGCUACGCCACUGAUUGAAAGAGUUAUUAAAAGUGUAUUCAUCCUUAACCUAACCUUAACAACUUUUUACAAAGGUUUUAGGAUUUCAGUUUCAGUGUUAACGAGGAAUUCUGAAAGUUGUUAUGGCAAACAGUAAGGUAUUAUUAUUGUUUGGUCCGCUAGAAGAUUAAAAAUAUUUUAUCCUUUCUUCUAAAGUUUUAAAGGUAAAUAUUUCAAUUAAUUUUUUUAAAUUAAUUUUUUUUUUCCGUUCAUAAUUUCCUUACAAUUAAUUCCGUUUAAAAAAAAAUAAUAUUUGUAUCAAUGAAUAUUAUAGACACAUUUGCAUGUAAGCCUUGUAUUGCAAAAAUUAUAUUGACCUGUAACAUUUUGAAUGUCUUAGAUUGCUCUCAAUGUAUCAACAUUGACUUUGAUGACAGCAAUGACGGGUUCUUUUUGAAGUCUCCCUAUCAUCACAAGUUUAAACCUGCUGAACCCAACAUUGUAAAGGAAUCCCUCAUUCUAACUCAUCCUGCUGAAGUGUACAAGCUUAGAGCCAGUUAUGGCCCCUUUGAAAUGUAUCAAGUAUGUUUAUCACCCUUUACACUCUGUAUAGUAAUUAGGCAGUGCUUAAAAUCAAACUGAAACUUAAACAUUUUUCUGCAAGACCAGAAUUAUUAUACAGCUUUUUUUUUAAAUGUAAUUUUUAAUAUUUUAAAUCUUGUCUUGAAUAUUAUUAAUUUCAUUAGAUUUCAAUCAUUUUUAAAAAAAUGUUUAUUAUACAGGUUGUACCCAAUGAAAUUCUCGGAAGCAUACUAAAGAAUGGAGACUUGUUUGACAAGUUUGAAUCUGAUAUGCACAGGCAUGUUAUGCACAACAUGGAUGUGAGUGCACACCUGGUUUCACAGACAAUUAAACUUUCGAAUCCUGUCGUGCAGGUGCUGGUACACGCACAGACCCUGGCAAGAAGGCUGAAGCAGGAAAUUAUUUACUCUUACUAUGGUGUCAGUCAGAGGUGGUGUGCACAGAUCUUCUUGUCCAGGGGAGCUGAACAGCACACAUCUGUUUGUUUACUGGAGGGGGACACCAAUGCAUGUGUUGCCAGCAUGGUUAUUCCAGAGCACUGGUGGGACACUUCCAACUCCAGUUUUGCUGGCCAGGACAUCAAAGUGUUUUAUGAUUUGUCCAGAGUAGAACUGAGCCAGGAAUGUGCAAGUGUCUCAAACACAAUAGUCCCCGCCCGUGCUGAAGCUCAGGCAGACACUCUGGAAAAAAAGUUAAUCUCCAUCAUCCAUCUCCAGCUUGAAGAGUUUAAAUAUGAUGACCACAAGGACAAGGAUCUUAUUUUCAGGAUUCCACAGACAGAGCUUCAGCCUAAUGCUAGGUUUGAAGUCCCAGUGUAUUUGGAUAAAAAUUCAGCUCUAAAAGAAUUUGUGAUACAGUGAGUUGUGAUCAAUAACAUGUGUACCAGUAAACUAAUCGUUGUUACUCUCUUUAUACCAAUUAUACCGUAGAUAUUUAUGAAAUAUAAUCAUUUGUUUAAAGAGACCAACCGAAAGUGAUUUUCUGAUUUUGGCAGAAACCGAAACUAAGCCAAAAUUUAAAAAUGACUUCCGACAGAAACCGAAAUUAAACCGAAAGUUUUUUAACUAGUGGGGGGGGAUCCAAUGCAAAAUAGACCAUUAAGUGCCUUUCUUUUAUAAUAUAAUUACAUUCUAGAACAUAUACCUAUAAUAAUUAUUGUGGCUCUAUUAAAGCCAAUUGUCACCUAAAUAUCAGUUAUUAAGGCUAUAGAAAUAUCACGACAAUGUUUCACAGUUUUGGUCAUACUAAUGCUUUAUAGCUGGCAAGAUAUCCCUGUAUUAAUAUUUAGCCUAGUACACAACACAUGAGUCUUACCGUGCUGGUGAUGAGAUGUCUACGCUGUUUUGGGCUGUGUGUCUACACUGCGUGCUGUGUUUGUCUACGCUGUGCGCUAUGUAUGCUUUGUCUAGUCUGUCUGCUACGUCUGUCUACGCCUGUGUGCUGAGGGGUGGUGGGGAUUAUUAUUUUUUUUUUAACCCUGUCUCUUAAAAUAGUCUAGUUCUUCUGACGGAUCUCAACGGUGAAUCGCAUGACAUCUAAAUUGAUUGCCUAAAUCAUAAAAGUAAACAGGUCUGCAGUAGGCCUACGACAUAAUUAUAAUACAAGCCAGUGAUACAUGCACACACUUGUUAUUUCGUCAAUAACAAUGUUUAUGAGCAUGAUAAAUUAUGAAUUUCAAGAAAUAUAUGAAUUGAAAAAGCCUAGGUGUCCUUAAUUUAAAAAAAAAAAAAAAAAUUAAUUGGAGAAAUAUUACCAUUCACUAGGAUUAUGCAACAUUAUUCACCUUUGCCUAUUACAAAAUUGAUGAGCAUGAUAAUGAUAAAUCGGAAUGUAUAUCACAAGUGAAGGAAUUGAAUAAACCUAGGGUUCCAAUUUUUAUUUUUGAAAAAAUUAAAACAAAAAUAAUGAUAUGAAGUUUUUACCAUUCCACUAGUUUUUCUUCCACCAAACUGUUUACUCUUGCCUAGGCCUAAUCAAAAUUUAAUUUUUUGGAAAUAAAGGACAAGUAGAUGCAGCUGUGAGCAGUUUUCGCAGAGUAUUAGUCUUAUAACAAAAGAUGACAGCAAGACGUCGGAUUGCCAGCCUAGAGACAGACAGACAGUCUCACCUCUGGUAGAUAACCGAAAACCCCAGUCCAUCUGGCCGAAAGUCCCAAUCACUUAAGUCCGAAAUUAAACCAAAAGUUAACAUUUCAGUUUCGGCCGAAAACGAAAUUAGGCCGAAAGUGAUCAAAUGGCCACUUUCGGCGCUGAAACCGAAGCCAAACAUCGGUCGGCCUCUAGUUUAAAGUCUCUCAAAAGUAAUAUUUUCUGUAAGUCCAACAUGCAAAAUUUUUUAAAGGCAUUUCAGUGAUACCUCAAGUAUUUGAGUAAGAAUUAUUCAUGACCAGCAAAUCUUUUUAUUUCAGGAUAAAGAUCAGAGGUCAUGUGCUUAUUGAAGGGGCUGUGCCAGCCAAGGACAGUUCAUGGAAUGUGGUGUUUGACUCUAACGACAAAGAUGGAACAGCAACUGUCACAGUGUUUCAAAAGCCAGACAUCAAAUUCACUAAAAGCUACAAGUAUAGUUGUUGUGGUUUAUAAUGAUCACCAAAAUAUUUUAAUUCUCUUCCAGGGGAUUUUGUAGGAUUGCAUAUACAUUUACAAUGUUCCUUUUUUUACAUUUUAAAACCAGAAGAAAAAAUACUUUAGUGGGUUCAUGACAAUCACAUUGAUACUUUUUUUGUUUUAUGAGAAAAUGUUUGUAUUUGAAAGGGAUAAUAGUUAAAUGCAAUCUUAUAAAUAGUACAAUUUUAUUUAUGUCUUCUUGUUGUUUUUUUUCAGAAUGGAUGAAGUUAUGAGAUGGCAGUUCCGUGUUUUAUCCAGUGCCAGUUUUCCAUCCAGUGUCAGGAUUGUUUGGAAUGUUGACUAUGAGAAAAAUGGCCUCUCCAGGAAUGCCUUUUUUAAUCCAGAAGGCAGUCGAAUCACUGCCAAAUUUAAUGUUGUCAGUGGCAAAACAGACAAUGUUGUGAUUGUUUUGAAAGUAAUAUUUCUGCCAAAAUAGUUUGUAUGGUCUAAAAAAUCAUUUAUUUAAAAUCUAUAUCUAUUUGAAUUUUCUUUUUUUUAAAACUGUCCAUGACAAGAUAUUGCAAAUUAAAUUGUUUUUAUUUCCAUAAUUAGGAAAGAAGUUUGCUAAAUACUGCCAUCCUCACUGGUGUCCCUGUGACAUAUGACAUGCUGGUCUAUUCAGUGUCUCACAACAACACAUUGAAAGAUGUCACCAAGGAUUCUAACUGUAGAUCAACAGACCCUGAAGCUCUUCAGGUAAUUAGGAGCAUUUAGUUUAGAUUGUUGUAGACCAAACUCAUGAAAAACACCAAUGAGAAUCAAUCUUUGUUAUUUUUAAUGACAUUUGACAGUGCCCGCAAGGUAAUCAAAACAGAUCUACUUACAACUAACAGUGACUUAAUUAAAUAAUAUAUCAAAUAACAGCAUUGCGGCCAACAAAGUCUUAUUCCCAUUCUCUUAAACUUAUUCAAAGCCCCUAUCAAUAAUUGGGUUUUAGAGCAUGAUGUGGAGAUUCUAAGCUAUCAUUUGACUUUAUUGGGCAUUAUGUUAAUUGUUACAAGUUUACUUAGCGUAUGAUUCAGUGAAUUAAAGAGUAAAACCAUUGUCAAAUCUUAUCAAUUUGCUGUCAUGAAUUGUGUGACCAAACUGAUGAAACAUACUGCAAUUGAUUCAGGUGUCCAACUCUUGUGACCUUAUAUUUCUGGAUGGUAGUGAGACUCGAGGAGACAAAAAUGUGACAAUUUUGGUCCGGACAGCUGAUCAUGUAGCACAACUUGGUGUGCGUGUGUGGGUCCCAGAGCCUCGACUAGAUAUUCAACUUUCUGAUUCAAAACUCAGCCAAAUUAGAGGAUGGAAAGCACAUGGUUCGCAACCAGUGUAUGAUACAUUUAAUUUUUUUAUAGUUCAUUUACUGUUUUAUGUUAAAAUUACAUAUGAAGAGUUGAUUUUCAAAAUGCUGUAUCUCCAUUUUUGGCGUUUUGAGAUAUUCAACUUUUUUAGACUUGCUACACAAUGAUGGCUCAAAUUUUCAGAAAAGUAAGCGUUAAUUUAGGGAUAUAUUCAAAAUAUAAGUUAGAUUAUGAUGAAGGUAAUCUACCACUUGAGCGUCAUCCAAGAAAAAAUCCAGCUGUUCCGGUUGGAAGGGCUAUUUAAACAAUUAUUUUUAUACUAUUUUUAAUGACUUUGGUUGUAUGUAUUCAUUCCCAUAAUAAUAGUACUAAUACAAAUACACAAGAACAUUUUUUUAAAAUAGAAAAACUAUUUUAAAAAAUUGAAAUAGAAGAAUUUAAACAAUUUAAUGUUUGAAAAUGGAAUUAUGCUUAGUCCUCCCCCAAGGCGACAAUGAAGUUUUAAAAAAUAUAAGCUCCACGAAAUCGGUUGUGGUACAUGAAUUCACGUAAAUAUGAAGGGGAAAGAUCACAGUUUGUGCCAAACUUUUUUUCAGUUUACGCUUUUUGAGCAUCCACGUUUUCCACAUUCUGUGUGUGGACAUCCGCGUUAUCUGGAUAAAAAAAAAUAAUUUUGUUAAUGCACCAUCUUAGAUGCUGAAUAAGGGGUCUGACAAAUUCAGCAGUAGUGUGGACAGCCACCAUUCUUCUUCAUUUCGUAUCUGAUCUGUAUCAAACAUUUCGGACAUCGGCACUUUUGUAGUCUCUUUUUCUUCCUGGCAUAUCGGUAGCUGGCAGUAAUAAUUAUUUAAAUGUAUUAGUAUUGUGCUCUAUAACUUUAUAGCCUAUACGGAAGCAAAAAUAUUAACAGACUCCAAUGUAAGAAUAGUUGUUUAAAUAGCCCUUCCAAAUGGAACAGCUGGGUUUUUUUUUUGGCCGACUCUCAAGUGGUAGAUUACCAUGAUGAAAAUUGAAAUGUAGUUUAAUUAAAAUUUAUUUAUUUACCAGGUUCAAUUUCUUAUUUUGUUUCAAAAUGCUGUGUAUCCAACUAUAAAUUAGCGACAAAACGCUGUAUAUCCAUUUUGAUAGCUUAACAUUAUUCCCAGUAGAAAAUAAUUUAGUUUGUUUGUAGAUUACAAACCACUUACAUAAUAAAAUAAAAUUGUAUCAUACACAUUAUAUAAUUGUGUAUGAUUGUUUUUUAUUGAUAUAUUUUAACAGAACAGUAUUAUAAAUGCUGGAAAGUCCCCUGUAAUAAUGUAAUUUUUAGAGUGUCUGCAUGAUUUGUUUUUAUAAAUCUGAAUUCUAAACAAAAGUAAACAAGAUUAUGUUCAAUUCACAAAUCAUUUUAUUUGAAUUUAGAACAAUAAAAUAGAACAUUUUUUAAACACUUCUGAUGUGUAGUAACAAUCAGAUUUAUCAUGCUAAUGUAAAAUGAACUUUAGUGGUUAUUUAAUAAAGUUACCGGUAACUCACCUUGCAGAACCCUUUAUCAUGAUUACACGUAACGGAGGGUAUCUUUCCUCCGCUUGUAUGACGAAAUGAUUUUUCUUUUCUUCGUGUUGGGCUUUUUUUUCUUCUUCUUAUUUUCAAGAUUUUAUAGUACAAAAAACACUUUCAUCCAGGCCGUCGUUAACCACCAUUUUUGUUGUUGUUUCGCUUCGUGAUGUUUAGUGCGCAUGCGCAGAAUGCCACAGAAUCGGCUUGUCAAUCUCACGGAUUGGUCCGAAAAUAUAUACAGCAUUUUGAUAAUUAAACAAAAAAUUCACAUCACGUUUUGAUAAUAAAAUCAUUUUUAGACAUAGAAUAAUAUGGGAUUAAAAUGUGUUUUGUAGAUAAACUUUAACGUGUCCUAAAGGAACCUGGUUUGCUCUACAAGACUGUACAGUUAUCUCAUUUUUUUCAAAAAUGGCGGAUACCGCAUUAUGAAAAUCGACUCUUCAUAUGUAGCAUUGAUAUGUCAUUUUUGUGGUUCACUCCUGUUGUUCACUUUUUCUUCAAACACCUAUUUUCAUUUUUUAAAAAGGGCUAACAAGGGUUUCUUAAAAUCUAUCAGCAAUUUUUUAAAUAAAGAUGUGUGAGGAUGGCAGGAACAAGUGUAAAAUUCCUUAGCUAAAAAAAUAGUAUGAAACAAUUGAGUUCAUAUUCGUUCUGCUAUUAUAUGACAGGUCAAAGAGGAGUGUGGAUCUUGGCCUGUUGACUCAUUCCAAUGUCAUCAUAGGUGGCAACAAGGAGCAGCAAGCAUCACAGACUUGCAGAAACAAAUAUCAGCAAUCACUAGUGGACGUGUUUGCACGUUUUACCAUCAGCACCCCAGGGGAGUCCACCAUUUAUUAUCGGAAUAAAAAAACAUUUGUAAGGGUGACCAAGCUAGUUAUGGACAGGCUUAAGGUGGCCAAUCCCAAUAUUGCCAAGAUUGUUGGAAACACAGUGCAGGGAGUGUCUCCAGGAAUCACAGAAGUUCAAGUAAUUUCUCUAAUAGCUUUUGCAUGAAACACAUUUAAAGACAAUGCAGUCUUUAACAUUAUUGUUAUAUAACUCAGUGCUUUCAAAGGAGCCUUAUUUGUCUUUGUAUUAAAAUUUUUGCUUUAAAAAGUAUUAAAAUUUCUUAUCAUAUUUGAAACCCUCGAACUGAGUCGGCCAAAGAAAUUGGCCGAUAUUCUCGUUCUGUGCUGUGGCAGCCGAAAAAAUGGGCUGAUUAAAAACACGGUACGAUAGCAACUUCCAAUCCAACAUUUAACCGUAAUCAUACCCACUUCCUUUUAUUAAUAAUUAAAUCAUCUUCCGGGUCAAGCUGUUUCUUGAUAACUUAACAUUGAGUACUUUAUAAUCAGAGUUUUAUAUCGCUGUUUUUUUUUUAAAGCUAAAAUGGUUGAAGCUAUGGCUGGGCCUUCAGUGCAAGAACUAAUGUACUAAUAUAAAUAUUUUUGAAAGGAGAGGAUUUAAGUGAUACUAAAGAUGAUCAACUGAUUAUUCUCAGACCUGCCAACCCUUUCGAUUUUGUCGGAAUUAUACAGAUUUUUUACCCCUCAUGCCGACCUUCCGACAAACCCCUUAAAAUUCUGAAUUUUCAAACUUAAUAAUUUUUUACUCGUCAUAAAUAUCCGAAAGCAACCCCAAAAUGUGUUUUUUUAAAUAUCGGGUACGACAGGAAAUGUUGCAUUUGUUUUUACAAAGUGACUACAAGUCCGGCGACUGAAUGAAUAAGUGAUUAAGUUCUCCAGAUAUUCGCCCGGCCACUAUAUAUUUACCUAAUUCACAUGACCAGCGUAACAAAGUUGCACAAGAUAUUUGUCCGUCAGCCUUGUCAUGUGACCGCUAAUUGUCAAUCAGAAUUUACGGUACUUCAUUUCAACAAAUUCAAGAUAGUCUGGACAUUGACAUGAAAAAGAAAUAUGUUCAAUUCUACACAAAAAAAAAAUACCAGAACCAUUGCUGGUAUAUAUAAUGGACAAUUGGUUAAAAAGUGACAAUGUUUUUUUAUAAAGCUUGAAAUGCUCGCCAGAUAAAUAUCUCCCGCACUAUAAGUCCGGUCACCUGACAUAUAGACACUGCCUUGUUUUUAUCGAAGCAAACCGCGAUCUCUAUAUUAUUCUUCAAUCAAUAAUUGAUCUGAUCAUGAUUUAUCCUUAUACUAGGCUUAAAAAUAAUUCAGACUUUUUUUUUUGUUAAAGCUUUUCUUAAUUAAAUGGUUAAAUCUUUUGAAAGCGGUCGAUGUAAUGGUAUUAAUAAACAUAUUUUAACCCAAAAAAACAACAUACAACUGCAGCUAAAAGUAAAAGUAAUCUAUGUCUAAUUAAAAGUUUCUUUGCUAAGGAAUCGGGCGAUUCAGUUAUCAGAUAGAACAGGUUUAUUUACCACCUUUUUAUUUAAGGAAAUAUUUCUCUAGCCAACUCUGAUCGUUUUAAUGCCAGAGUCAAAGAAAUGUUUCCAAACUAGAAGAUUGUGAAGAAAAAUUACAAUGAAACAAGGGCAAGCAUGAAAGUUGAUACUUUUUCUAACUUGCUUGUAACUAAAAUCAAUUGUAAUGCUAACCUUCAGUUGUCCAAAGAGCUGUUGGACAAGUGCCAAAAGGCCACUAGGGAUAUGGUCAUGUUGGAAAACUGAACUCUUAGCAGCCUGUGUACCUAUGUAAAUAAAUGGAUCUUCUGCCCUGUACUGUAUAUACAAAUUUCCAGUAAUGUUUUUCUCAUGUUCUCUGGACUCUUCAAAGACAAUGGAGGUAACUUUAUAUUUAUUUAUUUACUAUAAAAAGGCCUGUGCAUUAGUUUAUAGAUCUUAAAACAACGCCGCCCCCUGGGGUCAGCAGCCCCCUUCCCCCCUGCAUGCAAACACAACACCACCACACCCCCCCCCCCCCCGAUUUUUUUUCUUAGCAGGUUGGUAGGUCUGUAUUCUUCUUGUGAAGUUAUACUAGUCUUAGUGAUACUGAAGUAGGCCUACUGAGUGCUUUUGUUUAUAGACCUUAAAACAACCCCCCCCCCCGGGGCCCGCCCCCCCCCUCCCCCCCCCCUGCAAACACACCCCCCCCCCCCCCCCCCCCCCCCCCCCGAUUUUUUUUCUUAGCAGGUUGGUAGGUCUGUAUUCUUCUUGUGAAGUUAUACUAGUCUUAGUGAUACUGAAGUAGGCCUACUGUUAAACUUUGAUCCAGGCCCGGAGGUUGGGCAAGGACUGACUGAAAUUUAGUCACAGAAGCUACAGAUUAUAGAUCAGAACUAAUAAAUUUUAUAGUUAAACAACCCAAAUCAGUUCAACGGUUCCUUUUUAAAUGUUUACUAUUCAAUAAUAACUAUUUUUCUUGAGAUUUUGUUUUAGCUGUGGUCCCAGUUUCUUAUAUAAAUGACAUAAAAUUACUCCUCUAAAAAUAUAUACUUAUUGGGGUCUUGCAUCAAUAUUUCUAUUUUAUUUAAUGCAAUUUCAAAAGGCACUCAAAAAGGUUUGAAAAGCUCCCACACUACAGAAUGGUGCAUGCCACAGUUCGAGGGUAAAUAAUUCUUGUUGGCAUAAUCAUUGUGCAGUAUUGUCAUUUUCAACAUGGGAUUCUGACUAUAGUUUAGUUUUACCUCAGCCACUUGUGUAACUGGGUGCUUAUUCUUUUUAUGGCAUUGGAUGCAAAAUCUUAUUAUGGCAUUGGAUACAAAAUAUACUUAUAGCAUUACGAUAACGACUUGAGAGGUUCAUAUGAAGUUUAACUUUGUAAACCUAGGUAAUAUCUCCCACUGGCAAGCUCCUAGGGUCCAAGGAAGUCAGAGUAGGAAAAGACAAAGUAGGAAUUGAACGUCUCAUGGUAAGAGUCAUCAGUGGCAUGGGAAUACACAUAUCUGAGGACAAAAACUUGCCUGGUGCUCUACUGGCAACAGUGUUUCUCAGAGACCAGCUUGUAGCCAAAAAACAGGUUAGCGUUUAUAACAAAUUAUUUUAAAUGCCUUGUGAAUGGGGAAGCAGUCUAUAUUAAUCUUAUUUUAAACAGAAUUAACUAUCUCUCUUAAAUAUUUACCAUAGACACUUAAAAUCAAAACUACCCUGUCUGGAUUAACAUUUUCAGUUUUUUUCACAGAAAAGCCUAACUAAAGUUGUUUGAUUUUUUUUUUUUCUACAGGAAGCAGUACUUGAUAUAGCUGUGGAGUUCAAGGAUGGCUCAAUGUUGCCAUUGAUGAGUAUCACGCCUGACGAAUAUGAACUUGAGGUUACAUCCAUGAACCAUGAUGUUGUUGAAGUUGUAGUGUCUUCUACCACAGCACCCACACUUCCUCCCAGUAUCAAGGCCAUUGGCAAUGGUAAAGGUGAAAUUAUCAGGGUUAUCCUCAGAGAAAGUGAAACUUGCUCCAAACGGACUGCUCGGAACUUGGACACUGAAUAUGUGCAUGUCCAGGUAUGAUGCAUUUCUACUUUAAUUCUAUGUCCAGUCAUUUCUAGCUCUAAGUGACAUUUUUUUGGUAAGCUUUUCUUGAUGAAAAUGAUGUUGUGAUAGUCUCAAUAUUUUUUUUUCUAUUUUAAAAUGUGAAUAAUACAGAAUAUAUUAGUAUAUUUUAAAAAUGUAACAAUUAAAAUCAGAUUCAUAUAAUUUCCAAGAGGUUUUCAUGGAUUUAUUUGAGGUUAAUUUUAUCAUGUACUUAUUUCAGGUUGAUUUUGCCAAAGACAUGGACUUCUACAAUCUGGUACAAAGUGAUGGCUUUUAUUUUAACCGUGCCAAUGAACGCAGACCAGUUAAAAAUGAACAUGAACAACACUACAACAACAAGGAAGAAUACUUCAAGCACCAGCAGCAACUGGCCAACAAACAACAGCAAGAGAUGGAAGAAGAGGCUGAGUUAGCCAAAUCAGGUCCAAAGGUACAUUUCAUCUCUUUUUCACUGGAUAUUUCUAGGAUGGGAUUGCAUUCUUGUUUGGCUUUAUUGAAAUUGAAUUCAUGCUUGCUAACUGGGAGCUUUGGGGUUCAUGAUUUAAAUUUGUUGGUAUCUUUUUCCAUUUUUAAAGAUAGCCUACUCAAUCAUGAAUAGCAAACUUGAUGUUGGAAUAUAGUUUGAGAAAAACAAAAUCAGGGCCACAGAUCACUGUAAAUCAAAAUUAGCAGCAUAGAGAGAGGCAUUGUUUGUAUUAAAUACAUUAAUGUUAAUUAAUAUAGGUGCACUUAGUUUCUUGAAUUUCAUCAAAUUAAACUCCAUAACAGAAAGGGCUAUAUUUAAGCCAUAUAAAUAAUUUCCAAUCUAGCCUGGAAUAGUAAUGUUAGGAUACUAUUCGUAUCAGUAAAUAAAUGUAACAUUUUCUUAAAUGAAGUUACUCAUCUUUCCCUUUCUUUUACCUGAUGAACGUGAUUUUAUCUAAACUGGAUUCAAAUUCAAAAUUGAAAACCUGUCUUCUCUUAAUGUGUGUCUCUUAAGAUUACCUCUGCUCACUAUAGGUUUGUGAAUACUUUCUACCGCAGGCAAUAGUUUGUCCUUCUUUAUGCUUUGAAACAAGAUAUCAAUCAUUGUAUAAAUAUAUUGGAACAUUUUCUCUAGCAUGCAGAUGUCCUAUGUGUCAGCUGUUAAAAUAUAAGAAGCUCAGUGCAAGCUUAAUUUCUUUCUAAAUCUGGGUUAUCAUUACCUGGUACAAGUUUUAUAAGAAUGCCAUGUUUAAAAAAAAAAUUGCCUUAUUUUUUUUCAAGCAAAGCUAUUCAGCCUAUUUUCCUUAUUUAAUCUUUUAUAAUGUUUAUUUAGGUUUUUCCAUUGGAAGAAGUCUCUGAUAUUUUAGAAACCUUUACUGCAUCAGACAUUGAUUCAGAAAACACUAAAGAGCCCAAGUCGGAAGCUUUGGAGCAGCCUGUCAGUACCAAGGCUAAGCAUCCAUCACCCCUUGAAAUAGGGAUGUAUGUUUUGGUAGCAGUGUUUGUGUUUGCCAUUCUGGUGUUCACAGCCAACUGUGCUGUGUUCAUGGUCAGGUACCAGCGAAAGCGCUCCCCCAAGAGCUCUCGGGUUAUGACCGGAUCCAUCUCACAGGCGCCCGACUGGGUCUGGAUUGGUCGAGCAACACUGGAAAGACAUGGAGCUGGAAGUGCUGGAUGUAAUCAUGCACUGAUGGCAGAGGAAGAUUUUAAUGGUAAUCAGAUGGUUGUGCCCAAUGCCUUACCCUCUGACCGUCAGCGUCAGCCACGCAGGCCCAACAGCAGUGAACUGAAUGUAAGCAACAGUACUAGUGGUGUCACAGGAAGUGGGUCUUCAGUUUCAGAAAGCAACCGCAAUAGCAUGGUUUCAACCUACAAAGGUUCUGAGUGCAGUAUUAGAAUCACAUCUAACCCACUUCCUGACAAUGACUGUGGCAUGGGCUACAACGAAGCUGAGUGGGAUUACGAAGCUAUGGGCAUGACUUAUGAGCAGCUCAUGGAGUAUUUUGACAAUCUCAAGGAGUCUUCAGCUUAGUGAGGCAGUGCUUGAAGAACCUUGAACUAAUAUAUACUCCAUUUAUAUGUCUUGCGUCCAGUUUAAUGUCAGGUCUGUCCUACAUACACCAUUUUCUGUUUUAGCAAAAAUUAUUACUUGAGCUGAAUAAACCACAACAAUCGAGAGGUCUAGAGAUGUUUGCUCUUCACAAUUUUUAAGUUAAACAAAAUUUGUAUACUAAUUAUAAAAUUCAUAAAAAGAUUGUUUAAAAUUAAACUUCCUUAUUUUUUGUCUUGUUACUGCUGGCAUUUUACAUUAAAAAAAUUGGCUUCUGAUUGUUUUUUAUCAACCUAAAUGUUUUGGUAAUUGGAAAGUGAAAUUGAUAAAAUCAAUGAUUAGACCUUUUUGUAGUUUAAAAGUGUUUUUUAAAAUGAGCAUCUCUAAACUUUCUGUACAUAUUUUUAACUCCUUAAGUCCUUUCUCCCUAUACCUCAACAAGUAUGUGCAAAAAUGUAUUUGACAAUUUUGUUAGUAUUGUUGAAUUAUUGAACUGUAUGGUAAUGCCAUAUAUUAGUGAAUACAUCUCUCUACUUGUGUAUCUACUCAUAAAAGUGCACUAAGCAUAUACUCUGCCAAAAUAUACCCUAAUAUAUUAUCUGGCACAUGCUGAUGGUUUAUUUGAAUUUUCUAUUUUUUAAUCUUUGUGAUUUUUUAGUAUUUUAGUAAGGAGCUUUACUUUUGUUUAUAUUGUAAUUUCAGAGCUAAGCAUCAAAUUAAUUCUUUGCAUUUAAUUUUUUUUUUUUUAAUUUAUUUUUUGGAACUUUUAACAGCUCUGUGCAUAAUUAAGUGUAAGAUGGAAUUAAAUCGGGUCCUACUUUGACAUUUUAUUAUUAUUAUAUGUGUUCUUGCUGGUGUAAAUAUUUUAUUAUUAUUUGGCCCAACAUGUAUGUAAAAUAAUGGCUUUUUUUGGUGAUAUCUAAGUCAAUAUAUUUUAAGUAAAUUUUACAUUUUUGUGUGCUGGUAUAUACAUAUUAUAUAUAUUAAGUUUAUGUGCUUCUCAUAUUUGAACUGUUCACAAACUUUAAUCCCUCUACUAGGAUAUUUAUAAUUAGGCCCUGAGACCUAAUAAUCUUCAGACAAAUGUACAUACAUCACAGAUAAAAUACAAAACUUAAGGAAAUGAAGAGUGCUAAAAUAACAACAAAAAAAACAACUAAAUAACAUACUGACUUAUAUUGGAAUAAAUUUAGAAAAAGUUUCAAAGUUCAAUGCUUUGCUUAGUAUUUAGAUGUUUAAUUGAAUUUAAAAUGAACUCUUAAAGAUAUUUGUGGUUUGUAUUAAGUUCAAUAAAAGUGAUUCAGGUGGAAUUGAAAUAUUUCUCCCAUUUUAUAAAAUGACUACAAGUUUAACAUUAUAUAUUAAUAUGAUGUUUCUAUCUGACUAGAGAAUGAAAUAAACAUUUAAAGUUACAGGUAGUGUUUUUAUAGGUAUAGAAUGAUCUUCUGUAAUAUGAAGUCAAUUCGUCUGUAAAUUAAAUAUAGAGAGAAAGGUUGUGAAAACACGCUUCUAAAUAAUGCUAUAAGUUAUUAUCAGUUGUGAAAACUUUUAUUGAUCUUGUUGAUGUAAUAUAUGUUUUAUAUUUAUAUUUAGGCUUGUCUAUAGGAAUGGAAUAUGACAUUUAAAAUUAUGAUUUGAAUAGGGGUUGAUAAUUUAAUUAUUAAAUAAGAUAAUUUUGUUAACUUUUUUUUAUUGAGAACACUAAUUGAAAUGUUGAAAAUUCUGGCUUUUUUACUUUAGAGCAGACAACAUGUGAUCAUUAAGACCUUCAGCACAAUACAUUAUAAUUUCUAUUGCUUCUUGGGGAAACCUAAGGCAGAAACUAUCAAAUUUUUUUUAGAAUUGUUUUCACAAUGAUCAGAACUCCCAUCUGUUUAAAUGCAACUUUUUCACUAUCCGGUAGCUGAUUGUGACCGAAAACUUUAAGAUCACACAUUAAAAUAUAUCAUUUGAAUACUGAUAUUUUUUUUUUUUACAUAGAAAAUGAUUUUUUUUAUUGGGGAGCCAAGUAUUUAAACUUUGCAUAGCCUGUUAUUUACAGGGUCAAGGACCCAAUGAAUUUGUUAAAAAAGUAGGAAUUCUAUUAAGGCACUUAAAAUUUCUUGGAUGCUUGGAUAUUCAUGGUAAAAUAUAAUGAGGAUGGUAAGUUUCAAUGUACUGAGUUUUUGCUCUGUCUUAAUGUUGCUUUCAUUGGCGCCAAAAAAAGGUAUGUUUUAGGAGUAAAUUAUCCAACUUCUUCAUUUGAUAGUUGUUUAAGGAGUGACUAGCUUGUGAAUUAAUGUACAUCCUUUACAUGAGGUACUAAUCGACAAUAAGAAAAGAUUUAUUUAUGUUAUUAAAUUUUUGUUUUGUUUAUUAAACUCAAAAUGCAAUGAAUCUAUUAUCAAUAUCAUGUUUGAAACGGAAAUUAUGGACUUAUAUAAGUGAUGAUAAGUCUGUCCACAUUUUACAGAAAUUGAAGGAAGGAGAUUGGGAUUGAGCGAUGAUCACUUUCAUUGAAAUAUGAAAGUUAAGCUGCACUUGUAAAAAGUAUUCGUAUUUAUCUGUACUUUCAGUGAGAAGCUCGCUUAUGGUGUAAAAAAUAUAAAAGUUCCAAGGAAAAGAUUGUUUUUUUUAGAGUUAAGUUUUGCUCAUCUGUCACAACGAUACGUUAACUAUUAUUGAUGCCGUUAAAUAAAUUUUAUAUAUUGCCUGGAUUUUUUUUUUGUUAGUAUCUAGAUCCAAAUUACAUUGUAUGGGAAGCUAGAAGAUUGAUUUCACUGUAAGUUAAACUUACCAAUAAAUUUGUCUUCAAGUCCAACAAUAAAAAACUUAAAUAAGGCUUAAAGAAAACAUCACUAAUCAUUGAGUUCAAACAUAGAAAUUUGUUAAAAUUAAGUUCUUUAAAUAUGUUUUUAAAUAAGAGAAUGUAAGUAGAAAAUGAGUGACAUAAAUUGAAAAUAACAUAACUGCAGCUGUCAAGGAUGAAAUUUUUAUAACUUCACAAGUUUAACAAAAAAAAAUAUGGUAAGCCUCUCUUCUUUUUGACUAAGGAGCAGAAUGUGAUUUGAUCAUUAACUUAUUUCUUUCAAAGGUUGAGUAUCUGAAUCCUUCUCUCUUGUAUUCUUUUUCCUUUGUUGCACAGGAAAAUGUUUUUAUAAGUAGAAUGAUAUUAAAUUUAUGUCAUUAUUUAGUGUUGUUAUUGUUAGUGUUACAAAACUGUAUGUACAUAUUCAUAUAUGUACAUACCCAUAUAUUAUGAACACAGACUAUUUAAUUUUAUCACAGUCCAUAUUAUGACAUGACAUUUGGUCAUAUUCAGAUACCCAUUGAACUGAUCACAGUGUUUAUUAUGUGUUUCCACGAUCAUUGUUUAAUGGCAUUGUCCCAUCACAAUAGUUUUUUUUCUUGUUGUAUUUUAACAUUAUUUCUUAAUAUUUUCAUUAGCUUAUUGUUGCUUUGAUAUUCUAGUUUUACAAAACCUAGGAAUGACAUAUAAAUGCAAUUAAAAUAGAAAAUGCAUUUUAAAAUGCUAUAGUUAAACUAUUUAUCUCUAGGUUGUUUCUGGCGUUUCUAUACAUCCAUCUAUUUUUUAAGAAUCAAAAUGUGUUGAAUUAUCAAAAUUAUGGGCUUUAAAAUAGACAAUGUAUCUAUUACAUGAAAAUCUAAUUGUGACAUACUGUAGAUUUUCUUUUUUUGUUGGGAGGUUGUUUCUUUCUUCUACAGAAUGUUUACAAGUCUAAAUGACAAGAUUUAAUUGUUGAGAUGUAUAAAAAUAUAUUUAUGAGGUAGUAUUUUUUUCUUCAAAAAAAUAAAGUACACAAAUUGUGAGACCAUAACUUUCAUGUUUGAAAUGAUGAAGACAUCAAAAAAUAUCUCAAAAAUUUUGUUCAACCAGUUUUUUUAAAUUAAUACAUUUGUAAUAUAUAUUUAUUUUUUAAAUUGUUGUGUUUUCACUUUAAGUUUAAGGCAAUAUUAAGUACUUAUCAGGGAGAAAUUAGAAGUCUUUUUAUGUUGGCUAUUUCUCCCUGAUAUAUUAUUAUUUAGAAGUCUUUUUAUGUUGGCUAAUAAUAAUAUAAAAAUUAUAAUGAUUAUUUGACAAUUUUUAAGACUGCAAAAGUCAAUAGAUUAAGAAGGGGAAAAAAAAUAUUCACAUAUUUUUAAGAUUCACAUAUUUUUAAGAAAUCAUCUGAGUACUAUAAGCAAUGACAGAAUUGUUUUGUUAACAAUUGCAGUUUCAUUGGGGUUAACAUUCAAAGUGUUCACUUACAAUUUAAAUCUGUUCAUUUUUCUAGGUUUUAUUGUAAGCAUUAUACAUGUAAUCAGGUUAUUGCUGUGUUAAAGAGACACGAGUGACCAUAACCUCAGCAAAUUCCCACUAUGUUAUAACUGUUAAAUCUAUUCUAUGUCCGGCAAAGCCGCUUUAAAUUUUUAUUUUUUUACAAUGAAUUCCUUUCAGGAUUCUCGUUGAAAAAAGAAUCUCCACUUUGUUACACAGAAAUUCUGUUUUCAUUAAAAAUGACAUAUCUUUUGGAUUUUAACAAUAAUAAUUUUUUUUUAAAUUUGCAAUAAAUACAAUUAUAUUACAGUACCGGUAGGUGCAAAAUCCAUGACUAUGAUUCAAUGAAGAAAUAUGAGUUCCCUCUUUUAACUGGUGUUAUUUUAUUGUGUUCUUGUAACAUAGCAUUAUGAUUUUGAUUUAUUUAAAUUAAUUUUUUUACUUCAAUAACUCAUACUGUUCAUCCACUAACAUUUAAUCUUCUAAAAAAAAAAACAUAAUGACGUUGAUAUUUGUGUGCAGUGUAGGGAUCAAUUUUGCUUAUCUUCUUCUAGCAUAUUUAAUAUUUGAAUCUCCAGUUAUCUGACAAUGAAGUUUAAAUGCAAAAAUGCAAUUUUGAGAAUACGAUCUUUUAAUUACAACUGACUUCUUGUUAAAAUUGCUUGUAGGAGAAUUCAUUAAUUUGCAAAUAUGCUUAUUUUAUUUAAACCAAUUAAUUCAUGAAUUGAGAAUAAAUGAAAAGUACAUACCGGUAUACAUAGUUUUUUCAAAAUAUAAAUACAUUACUAGAGUUAACAGUUGCUUUUCAAAGAGGAAAGUUAAAAAUUGAUUUUUAAUAUUUAUUUUCUCCCAUCUAUUUACCUUGUAUUAUUGCUC